AUGUAUCUGGCCAAGGACCGGAUCCUGUGCUGGGAGCUGGUGGCCAAACGCGGGCACAACUGGGUGCUCAAGUACGUCAAGAGCGCCUGGGGCAAGACCGAUGUGCCCAACGAGGUCCCAGAAUUCAUCAGUCAGCGCCGUCGUUGGCUCAACGGAAGCUUCUUUGCCGCUAUUUAUUCCUUGGCACAUAUAGGCCAGAUGUCUCGCACCAAACACUCCCGAAAGCAAGCUCUUGCACUCUACUUCGAAGGACUCUACAACUUUUUGAAUCUUUUAUUUGCUUGGUUUGGAUUUGCAAACUACAUGAGCAUGAUCCCUCCCCCCCCCUCUCGGCUUUUCUCAGUUAUUCCAGCGUGA